CAUGCGCGUUUAGCAAACCAGUAAUCGAAGUGGGCCUCCAACACAGUCCACUGUCCACAGCCCAUAGUCCGCUUGUCUCUCUUCCCCUCUGGUUUUGCUCUGUGCUCAAGCGACUCUCCCCCCAUAUGUAGACUCCAUUGACAACAGUCAAACUUCCGACAAACAAAAGUGGAGACCUUAGUUCUCUUGAGGUACGUGCUGGCGACUACGUUCCGUUCUUCAUAUUUUUGCUUGAGACUUGGUGGAUUGCUUUUGUACGGUCUGCUGGUUGUGUUUCUCAACGAGGUUUUAAGGAUUGGAUUGGAUUUUGAUUGGAGUUUUCCACGGAAGUCAGGGGGAGUUUGAUUUUGUAGUCCCCGCCGUUGGGGGAUUGGGGGGAGAUGUCGAGUUUUCAGGGGGUUCUCGUCUCUGAUCAAUGGCUUCAAAGUCAGUUCACGCAAGUUGAGCUUCGCAGCCUCAAAUCCAAAUUCAUAUCUGCGAAGAAUCAGAAAGGCAAAGUAACAGUGGACGACUUGCCGCCUUUAAUGGCGAAACUGAAGGCAUUCAGUGAUAUCUUCAAUGAGGAGGAGAUUAGGAAUAUGUUGGGAGAAUCUAGUUCUGAAGAGAUCGAUUUUGAAGGCUUCCUAAGGACAUACAUGAAUUUGCAAACCCUAACUGCAACAAAAUCUGGUAGUUCAGGAAGCCCUUCCUCAUUUCUCAAGGACACCACAACUACUCUACUUCACACAAUCAGCGAAUCAGAGAAGUCAUCAUAUGUCGCUCAUAUUAACAGCUAUCUCAGAGAUGACCCGUUCUUAAAGCACUUUCUUCCUGUAGAUCCAGGUUCCAAUGAGCUGUUUGAUCUUGCAAAAGAUGGAGUUCUCUUAUGUAAGCUGAUCAAUGUUGCUGUACCUGGUACAAUAGAUGAAAGGGCAAUUAAUAUGAAAAGAGUACUCAAUCCAUGGGAAAGAAACGAGAAUCAUACCCUUUGCCUCAAUUCUGCAAAGGCUAUUGGAUGCACUGUUGUGAAUAUAGGCAAUCAGGACCUGGUUGAAGGAAGACCUCAUUUGGUUCUGGGGUUGAUUUCUCAAAUCAUAAAGAUCCAACUAUUGGCUGAUCUCAACCUCAGGAAGACCCCUCAGCUUGUAGAACUAGUGGAGGACAACAAUGACGUUGAGGAGCUUUUGGGAUUAGCCCCAGAGAAGGUUUUACUGAAAUGGAUGAAUUUUCAUCUAAAAAAAGGUGGCUAUAAAAAGCCUGUAACCAAUUUUUCAUCAGACUUGAAGGAUGGAGAGGCAUACACUUACCUCCUUAAUGUACUUGCGCCCGAGUAUUGUAAUCCAGCAACCUUGGAUAUUAAAGAUCCCGCUGAAAGGGCAAAUCUGGUCCUUGAUCAUGCAGAAAAGAUGGACUGCAAAAGAUAUUUGUCUCCAAAGGAUAUUGUUGAAGGCUCAGCCAAUUUGAAUCUUGCUUUUGUUGCCCAAAUCUUCCAUCAGAGGAAUGGACUGUCUACUGACAACAAGAAGAUUUCCUUCGCGGAGAUGAUGACAGACGAUGAACUAAUUUCCCGUGAAGAAAGAUGUUUCCGGCUUUGGAUCAAUAGUCUCGGCAUCACCUCUUACGUCAACAAUUUAUUUGAGGAUGUCAAAAAUGGAUGGGUACUUCUGGAGGCACUGGACAAGGUUUCUCCUGGAUCCGUUAAUUGGAAACAUGCAACGAAACCUCCUAUUAAGAUGCCGUUUAGGAAAGUAGAGAAUUGCAACCAAGUUGUCAAGAUUGGGAAACAGUUGAAACUCUCCUUGGUGAAUGUAGGUGGAAGUGACUUUGUUCAGGGGAAUAAAAAACUUACACUUGCAUUCUUGUGGCAGUUAAUGAGGUUUAACAUACUCCAACUCUUGAAGAACUUGAGAUCACGUUUUCAAGGAAAGGAGAUAAGUGACAUUGAUAUCCUGAACUGGGCAAACAAAAAAGUGAAAAGCACAGGAAGGACGUCUAAAAUGGAGAGCUUUAAGGAUAAAAGCCUUUCAAGUGGGCUUUUUUUUCUUGAUCUUCUCAGUGCAGUGGAGCCCCGGGUUGUUAACUGGAACCUUGUUUCGAAGGGUGAAAGCGAUGAUGAAAAGAAGUUAAAUGCUACUUAUAUCAUCAGUGUUGCUCGAAAACUUGGAUGCUCAAUAUUUUUGCUGCCCGAGGAUAUCAUCGGGGUCAACCAAAAGAUGAUAUUGACACUCACAGCCAGCAUUAUGUACUGGAGCCUUCAGCAACCAGUGAGUGAUACAGAGUCAUCUCCAUCUCCUUCUGUAGUGCUUUCUCCUGAUUCCUC